GCCGUGGUGACGGAUGACUGGUAUAAACAGGAAGUGAGCGUGAGUUCACUAUUGUGCUCCUUGAAGCCCGAGCGGUGAUCCAGUUCGCCAGCUACGAACCGAAGGCAGAGGGGCAGCUGAAAAGAAUGACCCAUUAAAUGACUCGCUGUCAUUAGAGAAGCACCAACGAUGCCCCGAAGUAGGCUGCCAUGGCGAUAAGGAGCAAUCCCUCGCGCUCCGUCUCCGCCCUCUUCUGUCGUUAUGAACCCCAACGACGCCUCGGCUCGCUGUGAGGACGGCUCUGUCGACGACCCGAUGGACGACUGGCUCUUCCUCUCCACCGACUCCGUUGUCCGUGCGGAGGUGAGCGAGGAGAACCCGGAGGCCGAGGACCGAGGCCCACUCAAAACCAAGCUGAUCUCUGUGUGGAACAGCGUCAAAUAUGGCUGGUCCCUGAAGCACAAAUCCAAAUUCAGCAAGAGCUCUGCUGUGAUCAUGUUCGGCCAAUCGUACGAGCUCCGGGAUCACGAUGAGCGGGAGAACUUCCGCCGCUCCUUCGCGGCCGUCCUGUGGUUGACGUACCGACGGGGUUUCCCUCAGCUGGCCGGCGCCUCUCUGACCAGCGACAGCGGCUGGGGCUGCGUGCUGCGCACGGGCCAGAUGCUGCUGGCUCAGGGACUCCUCCUACACCAGGUGCCACCAGGUUGCACUCGGUGCGUGGGCUACCACGCCGUCAAAGACGACCUGGACCUCCCAUCGGCUUGCCCCGCGGACGCCGCGCGGCGUGGACUGGCCGCAAAGGAAGGGCCGAACAGGAUGGGUCGAAACCUGAGCUUGGAUUCCCUCAUGGACCGGCCCAAGGAGGCCCCUCUGAGGAGGGUGGUGUCGUGGUUCGCGGACUGCCCCACGGCCCCUUUCGGGAUUCACAAGCUGGUGGAGCUGGGCAAAAGCUCCGGGAAGAAGGCUGGCGACUGGUACGGCCCGUCCAUCGUGGCACACAUCCUCCGGAAAGCAGUGGCAGCAUCAGCGGCCCUUCCCGAUCUAGUCGUGUAUGUCGCACAAGAUUGCACCAUCUACUUGGAGGACGUCAAGAGGUUGUGCGAGCGGCCUCCUCCUCAGGCCUGGAAGGCUGUCAUCAUCCUGGUUCCUGUGCGACUUGGAGGACAAGAGCUCAACCCCUCCUACAUCACCUGUGUGAAAAAACUGUUGAGUUUGCAGUGCUGCAUCGGGAUCAUCGGGGGCAAACCCAAGCACUCUUUGUUCUUCAUCGGCUUCCAGGAUGACCACGUGCUGUACUUGGACCCUCACUACUGUCAGCCCACGGUGGAUGUGACCAGGGACAACUUUCCUUUGGAGUCCUUUCACUGUAAAUAUCCCAGGAAAAUGGCUUUCUGUCGCAUGGACCCCAGCUGUACCAUAGGGUUCUACGCCAAAGGCCAAAAGGACUUUGAAUCCCUGUGCACAGACGUUAAUGAGGCUCUCUCCAUAUCUGCAGAAACGUACCCCAUGUUCAUAUUUGCUGAAGGAAAGGGUCAGGAGGAGGAACGGGAAGGAACCAACGUUGUCCAAAACAAUAUCGCCUACAUCCAGAGGAAGAAUGAACGGAGAAGAGUCGACACCAGCAACAGCAUGGACGAGUUUGUUCUGCUGUGAAACAGUGAUGAUCAAAGCCGUACGACACUGUAACUGUGUGCCACCUACUGAGCGUCAUUUUUAUUUAUUGCUAUUGUGUGCUCACCUGUAUUUAUUGUUUUAAGAGAAGAAUAUUUAAUUGAAGGACUUUGAAGAAUGACUUUCUAUUUUUCCAUCUCAAACUUAACAACAUAAGUUAAUUAAAAAUAAUUUUCUCAAAGGGGGAAAACUUGAGGCGAGUGUUGUGAGAUACACAGCCUCACUGUGGCGUGUCAUGUGAUGAGAAAUGCGAGGCCUUUAGUUUAUCAAAUUGGAUUCCUGUUAACAUGUGACACGCGCAUGAGAAACCCACUCCGACUUCACUGGGGAAGAAGUCUGAUGUUGUGGAUGCCUCCUCAGAAGAAAACAACACAACGUACCGACUACUCAUCAGCUGGAACUUUUUUUUUUUUUUCUCUCCCUUUUAUCUAAAUAAACGGCUCACCAAAAAACAGCCACUCCUUUGUAUUUCUUUAAUGUGUUCCUGGCAAUUGAGGCCCUCAGAAGAGCCCCCGUCCCUCUCUUCGGUCCCUACAAAGUCAGAGAGAGCAGAUGCAUUGUAGACAUUCAGGACCUUUUCACCAAAGCCUCUAGUGACUGGUGGAUGUUUUUUUUCUUCUUUCCUCAGCAUAUUGUAGCGAUCAUGAAUCGUGUGUGUCUUUGAAAUGGUUGCUAGGUGAAAGUGCCUCUCGGUGGCCUUGUGGUUAUAGAAUAAUCGCAGCGGUAGGAAGUCACAUCCCGCCGCUUUCCUUCAGUGCCGGAAACAAAUGAGUGAAAGUCCUGAAGGUAACCUCCAAGGUCACUAUGAGACUUUUGGCUCUACGCUUCUUUCUGGCACCGCGCUGGAGAGUUCCUCCACACGGAACCCUGCAGAUUAAAGACAAAGACCUGAUCACACCUCCCUUUAAAUGACCGGUCACAUGUCAAUGGGCCACCAGCACACUGCAGGACUUCUUCAUCAAGCAACAUUGAUAGAAAACACAUGAUGAAAGUGGACGUUGACAAUGUG